GGCGUGGGCCGGAGCGAAGAGUUGUUAUCGGAGAAGAGGGAGCAGAGGCAGGAACAGAGCAGGGGGUGUGUGAGUCUGUUUGCGGGGUCCAAAAAGGUGCACAACGCGGCGUGAAUGAGACAGGCAAGCUGGCGGAAUUCAACAUGGCAUCCGGAGAUACGCUGUACAUUGAGACAGACGGCUCGGAGAUGCCGGCCGAGAUCGUGGAGCUCCACGAGAUAGAGGUAGAGACGAUACCGGUGGAGACUAUCGAGACCACGGUGGUCGGCGGGGAUGACGACGACGACGACGAGGACGACGAAGACGACGACGACGACGAGGAAGAAGACGACGAGGACGACGACGACCAGCCCAUGAUCGCGCUUCAACCGCUGGUAACGGACGACCCCAACUCGAUCCACCACCACCACCAUCACCACCACCACCAGGAGGUGAUCCUGGUCCAGACCCGGGAAGAGGUGGUCGGCGGGGAUGACUCGGACCUGCACACAGACGGUGGCGGGUUCGAGGACCAGAUCCUCAUCCCGGUACCGGCUCCGGGCGUGGAGGACGAAUACAUCGAGCAGACUUUGGUGACUGUGGCCGGGAAGAGCUCGGUGGGUCGCGUGAAACGGGGAGGCGGCACUGGGGGGAAGAAAGCGGGCAAAAAGAGCUACCUGAGCGGCGCGGAGGCCGGCGGAAGAAAAUGGGAACAGAAGCAGGUGCAAAUAAAGACUCUGGAGGGGGAAUUCUCUGUCACGAUGUGGGCAUCGGAUGACAAUAAAGACAUCGACCACGAGUCGGUGGUGGAGGAGCAGAUCAUCGGGGAGAAUUCCCCUCCGGACUACUCCGAGUACAUGACAGGGAAGAAGUUGCCCCCUGGUGGCAUCCCGGGGAUCGACCUGUCAGACCCCAAGCAGCUGGCUGAGUUUGCCAGAAUGAAGCCCAGGAAAGUCAAAGAGGACGAUGCUCCCCGGACGAUAGCUUGCCCUCAUAAAGGCUGCACAAAAAUGUUCAGGGAUAACUCAGCCAUGAGGAAGCAUCUCCACACCCACGGACCCCGCGUGCACGUCUGUGCCGAGUGUGGCAAGGCCUUUGUCGAGAGCUCCAAACUCAAACGUCAUCAACUUGUUCAUACAGGGGAGAAACCGUUCCAGUGUACAUUUGAAGGCUGUGGGAAAAGGUUUUCUCUGGACUUCAACCUGCGCACACACGUGCGGAUCCACACUGGCGACCGGCCCUACGUCUGCCCUUUUGACGGCUGCAAUAAGAAGUUUGCCCAGUCAACCAACCUAAAGUCUCACAUUCUGACACAUGCCAAAGCCAAAAAUAACCAAUGAGAACCCGUCAAGCCACACAGAUGAAAAGAAGAAGAAAAAAAGAGCAUCCCAGCGACGCACGUGAAACCUCUUUUUGAAGAAGGAAUGAAAAGCUUGAGACUUAAUUGAUUUAUACAACAAAAAUGUGACUUUAAAAAAACUAACACUGCAAAUCAGCAAGUUUUCCUGCGUGCCCCUUUCUUCUGCUGUCAUAUUGGAUGAAGAACACAGUGACUAUUCCCCGACGCCCCGGCCAACACAGUCCCUUUAGUUUCUCCAGUGGCAUUCCGCUGCCAGAAGAUGGAACUCAUGGACACACAUCAGAGACUUAUUUUUACCAGAGCGAGCAGAAAAGCAGCAAUCCUUUAUUAUUUUUAUUUUCUCUCAUAGCUUUUAUUUUCCUCAAGUGUGCAUAUUGUACACUUGACUCAGGCUAUGUUGAGUAAAAAUUGUGAUUAUUUUUUGCCUCCUGCAUCAUAAGAUCCUACCUAUGAUACAAACGGCUUUGGUCUUGGGUGACCCGUUUCACACGUAGGAGAAGUUUAAAAACAGCUAUUAUGUUUGCAUUUCCAUACCCUCUUUGGUUGUAUUUUUCUCUUACCACAAAAUAAUCUUGUAUACUUGUAUUGUAUGGCUGUAUUAAAAUUACGUAGACAUAGCUAGAGGUGUGAUUUAAAAGUGUUAACCAAUUAAACUUUUAGUCAUGAGUUGCUUUAUAUUUUCUAUGAAUUGUCUUUACACAGUUGAAUGGGUAAUAUAAACCUACUCAGAGCCCUUCUCACUUAAAGUAUCAGGAGCGUUCGUUGAACUGACUGCGUGACCAUCACUUUCUCUGUUAGAAUGUAAUGUACAGACGUCAACCAUAAACUUCCUUUGUUGAUAUUUACACCCAUGUAUCUCAACUGCCCAAAAUAAAACGGGUCAUUACAACCCUGUCAAAAUACA